AUGGGUGCCUACAAGUACCUUGAGGAACUUUAUAAGAAGAAGCAGAGCGAUGUGCUCCGCUUCCUUCUCCGUGUCCGCUGCUGGGAGUACCGCCAGACAAACGUAGUGACCCGGGCUUCGCGCCCCUCUCGCCCUGACAAGGCGCGCCGCCUGGGCUACAAGGCGAAGCAAGGCUAUGUUAUUUACCGCGUGCGUGUUCGCCGCGGUGACCGUAAGAAGAAGGCGCACAAGGGCGCCACUUACGGCAAGCCUGUUCGCCAGGGUGUGAACAAGCUCAAGCCCCAGCGCUCUUUGCGUGUCCUCGCUGAGGAGCGCGUAGGGCGCAAGGCGUCUAACCUUCGUGUGCUCAACUCCUACUGGGUGAACCAGGACGGUGUGUACAAGUACUUCGAGGUUAUUUGCGUUGACCCCUUCCACAAGGCAAUUCGCCGCGACCCUCGCAUCAACUGGAUCUCGAGCGCUGUCCAGAAGCGCCGCGAGAGCCGUGGUCUCACCUCGAGCGGCAAGAAGAGCCGUGGUAUUGGCAAGGGCCAUCGCUUCAACAACACCAAGGGUGGUGGCAGGCGCGCAGCUUACCGCAGGCAGCAGACCGAGGAAUUCCACCGCUACCGCUAA